AUGGGCCCAGCCGAGAGCGGUGAAGCCGGUGAGGGGAUCCCCCCGCCCACCAGUGCACCAGGCACCGGUGUAGGUGCGGAGGUUCAACGUCCCACCACCUCCCCCAUAAAGUCAGAGAACGCUCGCAAAUGUUCAGACGUUUCCUCUCCAGAUGAAGAAGGCAACAGCUUGCACGCCCAGCGCCUGGGAAUCGAUAUCCCUCUCGAUUCCAACGACGAGGAGCUCCUCUUCCAGGCCGCCCGCAUCUUCAAGAUUGAAAACCUAAGUGGCUUCAAGAACCUUAAGAAACUUGCAUUGAUUGCGAACGAAGUUACAGUCAUUGAAGGCCUCGAGGAACAGGGCCCAUCGCUGGAGCAGCUGGAGCUCUACCAGAACCAUAUCAGGCGCAUAGAUAACAUACAGCACCUAACGAACCUCAGGGUCUUGGACUUGUCAUUCAACAAUAUUAGACGCAUUGAGCAUCUUGAAACUCUCGUCAAUCUGCGAGAAUUAUUUCUUUCCAGCAACAAAAUAUCCAAGAUUGAGGGCCUUUCGACGCUAAAGGAGCUGCGCACGCUGGAGUUGGGAUCAAAUAGGAUUCGCGAUGUAGAGGGCAUAGAAAAUUUGACAAAUCUGAAUGAAUUAUGGCUGGGCCGGAACAAAAUAACCCGCAUGGAGUUGCCAUGCCUUCCGCAGCUGGCCCGUGUCAGCCUUCAGUCCAACCGCAUUGAAGAGUGGAAUCCUGCGCUUUUUGGGAAUUGCCCUAAACUCUGCGAGCUUUAUCUGUCGCACAAUAAUCUUCCUUCGCCUCCUUCAGAGAUUCGCCAGUUGGUGGAGUUAAUGGUGCUUGACUUGUGCUGCAACAGAAUCGACAGUGUUGAAGCUCUUGCUUCUUUGCCGCAGCUGCAGGAUUUAUGGCUCAAUGACAAUAGUCUGGCGAGUCUCGAUAAGAUUCGCUGCUUGCAGCAGCUUCCUUCUCUGGAUACACUUUACCUCGAGCGGAACCCACUACAGGCGUCCUUGGGGCCUGGCUACAGACAGGCAGUGACGGAUUUGUUACCCCGUAUUUCGCAGCUGGACGCGCUGUCCAUCAACUCCACUGUACACAUCGUGCAGCAUAGAAAGGAUGGUGAGGUGGUAUUCGGCGGAGCCGAAGGCUUUGUCCUGCAAACGGUGGCGUUUACACCAUAG